AGCAGGCGGGCUAGCAGGCGCGAAUCGACGCGAUCAAACAACCGCGGACCAUGGUGAUCCGGUACCGUUUACGAAUGAGGUGCGGGAUGGGGUUGUGGAAGACGCGUCCACCGCGCGGCCUAGGACGUCACGAUGACGUCGGGCGGGCCGGUGACGCCACGGACGGACCCGCCGCACGGUGACGAUCGACCCGAACGACGACGCAUCGUCUAUCGGCAAGCAUGAGAAAGCGCGUCCGGUUUUGCGGAAGCGUCCGGUACAGAGCGAGACGGCACAGUCACGGACCGCGCCUAAUGGGUGGGAGCGAGCGAAAGCCCUGUACUGGUGCGCGCACACUCACCCGGCCGCCGGACCGAGACGGAAUCACUGUGCUGCUGCCCCGUACGGCCAGUGCCGGAGCGGACACGAGCGAGCGAGCGAGCGAGCGAGCCGGGGCGCGAAUGGACGCUGCGGUGCGAGCGAGACUGUAGCGAUAUCCAUGAGAGAGGCAGCAGCAGCAGCAGCAGCGAGCAAAAAAGGGACCCGGAGAACCCCCGAGGGAAGCGGUGGAACGGACACGGUCCAUCAAGGGGCAGGUACCCCGGAGCUGUUCUGUUUUCAAAAUAUAAACUUUUCGAGUCAGUCGAAUUCUGAACGCCGUCCGAGGACGAUCGCAAUCCCACGAAAUCGGUGAGAGUGCGUCUGUGUCAUACAUCUAUCGGUAUCGAUACCUAACGGAAAAGGGUUUUUUAGUGUUGUUGUUGGUGGUAUCGAUACUUAAUUCUUUAACACCAAGUGUCGGACGGUUGCCUUCACGCAAUUCCGGGUCGUGCAGCAUUUUCGCACCCAGAGAUACCGGACUCAGUGGUUUUGAUCUGUGUGUUACUACGUCGGUUUCGCAACCGAAAGCCUCUCGGUUCCAAAAGGACUUCUGGCGACGGCCGGAUCCGCUGCUUUAGGAUCCUGUCCCUCAGUUUUUCUAAGGAGUUCGCAGAUGUAGCCAUAGACAUCCGAACCACAUCCGAAUCGAAGUGCAUCCCAGUGGUAGAUCGUUGGUAGUGGAAGUGUGUUCCGUGUGGUCGUCCCUGAUCGUCCCCCAGUGGUGCAGUGGCAAGCUCCCAAAAAAAACGGUGCAUCUCGGUCCUUGUGAUCCUCGGCGGAUCCUCGCGUGGACCUAAGUGAUUGCUGAGCGUUGUGCAGUGGAAUUGUGUUAGGCGUGUUGUGACCCUAACGUUGUGUUUCCGAAGUGAGUGCCUGUGUCCCUUCGUGUUCGUGAGAUUUUGUUUUUGUUUCUUCCGUGCCAACAAACACCAACCCAAUCCACCAAAAAAACAAAACAAAAAUCGCACAAGCGAGAGCCCUAUCCUAUCAGCCAUUUCCGGAUGCCAACACAAAACGAACGAAACAGCCCCACAUCCCUCACAAUGCAGCCGACGAGGGCAGCAACACUCAACCGCCGGCAAACCGGCAAUGUCCGGCAGCACCAGCGACGGUGGCGGCAUCCGUUGCUGCUCCCGCUGCUGGUCACCAUGUGCUGGUCACUGUUCGGGCUGGCGUCGACUGCGCCGGCCAAGCGGGCCAGCUCGCCGUUCCCGUUCAACGUCACGCAAGCGCUGGCCCGGGCAAGCGAAACCUGGCAGAGGCCGUGCGGCUCGAACCUCCAGAGCACCAAUGCCGAGGUCGAUUCCAGCUUCAACCGGACCGCGAGCUAUAUUAACAUCCAGAUCCAGGUGAACAUGACGCUGCUCGAUCUGGAAAAUUGGCGGUAUCGAUCCGGCACCAACAGCAGCGCCACCACCUGGAACGACAGCCUUCGCAAGCGCCAGUUCAAAUUUCUGCAACCCUUUGUGAAGAAUGAGUCAACCUGGGAGCGAAGGCUGUCCGUCUACUGGGCCUACCUGAAGCUGCUGCGCACGUUCCACGACAACUACUCCGAGAGCACCAACAUCAACCGGGAGGAGGCGGUGGCGCUCGAGAGCGUCAACGGGGCAAACCUGCAGCUGCUCUGCUUCGUGCAGGAGCACCGGACGAUGGCCAGCCAGCCAGCGAUCGGUGGCAAGGCAGCAACGGCCAACCAGUCAGCGACCAGCAAGGGCAAGGCACCGGCCGGCCAGCCGGCGACGAGCAAGAGCAGGACAACGGCCAUCCAGCCAUUGCUGCCCGCCAGGAACAAGACGAUCGAUGCCGCGCACAUGGAGCGCAUGAUCAAGUUCAACAUUCAGGACGCGAGCGAAAUUAAGAUCCACAUCUGGUACAUCAUGUGCCGGCUGGACUGCUUCCUCACCAACAUGCGCCAGCACCUGGGGCAGCUCAUCCAGAACGGGGGCAAGCGGGUGCACAAAGGCAAGCCGGUCAACAUGAGCUGCCAGAAGUGCCCGUACUGCUCGCAGUUCAACAAACGGUGCAAACCGCUCAAGAAGAAACACCGACAGCAGCAGCAGCAGCAGCAGCAGCGUCAGCAGCAUCCGCAGCCAAACAAGCACAACCGAGCGGGACACAACGGUCAGCAGAAGCAAUCGAAGCACCAGCAGCAGCAGCAAACCAGCAGGCAGCCGAAAGGCCGCAAAGGAACCCGAACGCCGAACAAUCACGCGCGAAACAAGCAGGUUUAACUGGGCAAAACCGCAUCCUUCGCCCGUAUGCAGCAGAAAAUUGAAGCCUACAUUCCACCCGGCAGUCUCUCUACAAGUCGGUCGGCUGCAAGUGCCUUCCGCGAACGCCAUGACACGACUUGCCAACACGACGCACGUGGUCUUGCCUGACGUUGCGUCCUUAGGAAAAUCGAAGGGAUGAGCGAGUGUAAAGCGUUAUCCCCGGACAGUUCCGCAACGAAAAUACAGCGAACAACAGGAUUUGAGCCGCGUACAAUAAUAGCUAGGUAUAGUGUUUAGUGAUACUAAAAUGUGGUCCACUCUUUGCCAGCGCGUGUAAAGGUUAGCUAACAUACGUUCGUCUGCAAACAAACAAAAAAAAACUCCCCCGGGUGCCUUUCAAACUUGGACUGUGCCUUGCGCGCCUGUGUUGCGAACGUUUUUGGAGCAGUGAGAUGAGCAGCAUGAGAGAAAGAGAAAGUGAGGAUAGCAUUAAGCGUGGACGCGCACUACUUGCCAGUAACAUACGGAUAGUUAUUUAUACACUAUUUAUUGACGUACAAACACAAUCGGGAGGAUUGGUUAGGGGCCGGCAGCGUGUGGCCCAAAGCGACGCUCUUUGUGGGGCUUUUAAUUGAUUGCAUUUCAGCAGUUGGGAAUCGACUAAGCGGAACGGGCUUCUCAGCAAAUCUCUGAGUAAAUCUCUGCGAUCUAUUCUUUCUCCCUGUAGUAAACACUUAACACUUUGACGAUCUCGGAACGCGCAGCUAGAGUAUACGCAGGUUUCACAUAGCUACAGAGGCGUCAGCGCCCCCAAGCGAAACAAGUACUUAAUAUCCCAGUUAGUUAAGCAGUUAGGAUAAACGAAUCUGGCUCCCCGCCCUUUUGGGGGGCUUACUAGCGUUUAGUUGAGGAAUAUUGAUGAAUUUGUUUAACAUGUUUCUAGUUUUCUGCACUCUUGUUUCAAGCGGGAUAGAAGGGAAGUUGCAGUGUAGUGCCAGUGGACUGUGUUUUACAUUCUUAACAAUAUAGGUUUUAUGGGGAAUUCAACAUUCCAAGCAAUGAGCUAACACUCUGCUCCUCCUGCAAGAGCAGCACAGAGUCUGUCAUUAGUGCAAGGAAAAACAAUCCCGACAAAUCGGGCUCUGUCAAAAUUUGCGUUUCGAAUGCUCUGCCAACCCACGCGAUGCACACGCUGGACGGAUGGGGAAAUUGUAAAGACAACUAGCAACUACUAGACAGUAACGCUGUGAUAGAGAGGCCGACUAUAAGACUCGCUUUAACGUACGGCUGUCGUGGACGCACACCACUACACGCGUUUGCAUUCAAAGCGCAUAUGAACAAACACAUACACACAUAUAGACUUGGAAUGACCCAAAAGUGACAGCAACAAACGAAACGGAUUAGCCUUGCGCACUGCUCUUCCCAGUGUGGAUUAGACGGAUUGUAAAUUGAAACAGCAGAAAACCAAAAUACGCACAGUAUUAUAACGCAGCUUCGGCGAUUUUUUUUUUGUUAGCAUAAGCGAAAGCGAGAGGCAUGACCGUACAGCAUCAGACACUUUUAUGGAGUUGCUGUUGUUAGGAACAUAGGGAAUAUAGGUGGUAAAACUGUGAGUUUUGGUCGUCUUGAGGCAGAGCUACAUUUGGUAAUUAGAAACAUGCGCUAAGCAGGGCGGCACCGGAUAUGGGAGGCUUGUUGGUUUGAAACUAGCACAAAAUUACACUCCGGCAGGCUCCUACCGGGAGAUGUAAGGGGGUUGGAGAGAUUGGGACAAGAGAGGGCGUGCAGCUUAACGUGACCCCCGUGCCUGUGUACUGGUGGUAUAGUUUUUAGUAUUUUAUUUGCCAACGCACUAUUUAUUGUAAUUAAUUUCCUGUUUCAACUGUAUCAAUAUUGUUCAGUAGUAAGUUAUUUUAUCGUUCCUAUGUACAAAGAUCACGUCUCAUCCUUGCGUCAUAUUAGAGUAUCUUUGCAUCCCAGCGAAAGUGUGUGUGUGUGAGAGAGAGAGAGAGAGAGAGAAGUCGCUCAAAACAAUGGCCGAAAAAUUCGAAUGAACGAGUGAAUGGGAGAAAGAGUGGAAGUAAAAAUCAGAUAAAUGACAAAAAUCUAAUGAAAACUGCACGUCUGUUCCAUGAACUUGUAUCACCACCGUCCGAAAUCAUUCGCCAUCAAUCAAUCAA